AUGUCAUACGCCUAUCUCUUCAAGUACAUCAUUAUCGGAGACACAGGUGUGGGAAAGUCAUGUCUUCUACUACAGUUCACCGACAAGCGUUUCCAACCUGUCCACGAUCUGACGAUUGCUCAAAUUCUUUUCCUCUCAUAA